AUGACCGAAACCGAGGAAGAACCUGUGCAGGUCUUUAUCAUGAUGGGUCAAUCCAACAUGUUGGGCUUUGGUGAUGUUGGUCAAGGCGACAAACCGGGUACCCUCGAGUAUAUUUAUCAAAAAGAAGGUCGAUACCAGGAGCUCAAAAAGGAAGACGGCAGCUGGUUCCAGUCCGACAAUGUUCGUUACGCCUUUGCCAUGGCUCGCAAUGGCAGGACCGAACUUCAAAAAAACGAAUGGCUGACUGUCAAUCAGCGUCAUAAGUUUGGACCCGAACUGGGAUUUGGAAAGGUCUUGGGAGCCUACUACGGCACCAACGCACCCAACAAAAAGGUACUCUUAUUGAAAGUAUGCAUUGGCAAUCGCAGUCUCGGCUGGGACCUUCUCCCUCCAGGCAGUCCUAGAUUUGAAGGACAAGAUGGAAAAAUCUAUGCCGGAUACAAAGACUCUCCCGGUGAUUGGGCCAAGGAUUCUACGCCGGAACCCGUCAAGUGGUAUGGUGGCAAACAAUACGAUAUGGAUGUCAGUACUGCCAAGGAACUGUUGGCGGAUCUUGGAAAGUAUGCUCCAGGUGCCACCAAGUACGAAAUUGCAGGAUUUGUAUUUUGGCAAGGACACAAGGAUAGCUACAACAAGGACCAUACCCUCAAGUACGAGGAAAACCUGGUCCGACUCAUUCACAUCCUUCGCCGCGACUUUGAUGCCCCCGAUGCCAAGUUUGUUCUCGCCACUGUUGGAUUCGAUGGAGACAAUAUGAAGGGCAACAUGCUCGACAUUGCCAAUGCUCAGUUGGCCGUCAGUGGUGAAACAGGAAAGUACCCAUACUUUGAGGGUAAUGUCAAGACGAUUGACGCAAGACCCUUUUGGAGAAGUAAAGAACAGUCGCCAACAGGGCAAGGACAUCACUACAAUCAAAAUGGAGAAACAUUCUACGAAGUGGGCAAAGCUCUCGGGGAAGCCAUGGUGGAACUCCUGCAGUAG